GAUGGAACUGAGCUCUUCGUCCCCAGAGGCGAUACGGGACCAUGGCUUGUGAGCGUGGUCAUCCAGGGGCCGGCAGGCUCGCCCUACGAAAGGAGGCUUCGCCUUCUGGUGAAGGUGAACAGCGCUUAUCCGCUAACGCCUCCGGAAGUUCGUGUCCAGAGCUGGCUGCAUCAUGCGCUUGUUAAGCAGGAUGGGGUCGUGGACGAGGCAGCCUUCGCUGAAGCUCUUUCGAAGCUGGAGGAAGACAAAUCGGACGACAGCGCUUCAAAACUGUGCCGCACGAUGCGAGCCGUCCUGCUUCUGUUGGGGCAUCCUGAACAGUUGUCCGAAAUUGUUGACAUGGAUGAUGUUCAGGAUGCGGCGAAGGCGAACGCAAAGUGCUUGAAGACGAUAUCUGAGUAUGGGAGUCUUCGUCGUCAUCAGUUCCUUUUCAACGAGGAGGAGGCCUUCUCCAAGGACAUGUUCGACCCAAGAUUCUGGACGGCAUAUGCAGCGAACACAGCGGAGGCAUGGUCUUCUAUACUGACCGAGGAGGCGUCGGAGGUUUAUUCAUUUCCAAUCUUCACUGAAGGUUUUUGCAAGGAUUUCGUUGAGGAGCUUGACAGCUUUCAUGCCAGCGGGUUGCCUGCCCGUCGUCCAAACAGCAUGAGCAACUAUGGAGUUGUGGUGAACGAGAUUGGCAUGGAGCCAGCUCUGGACAGGCUCGUCCACAGCUUCUUGCAGCUGGUUGCGCAUCACCUUUUUCCUGGCGUUGGGUCUCACUUUGACCGGCACCACACCUUUGUCGUGCGGUACAAGGUCGGCGAAGAUCUGGGCUUGGACAUGCAUACCGAUGACAGCGACGUGAGCUUCAACAUUUGCCUCGGCAAGGAUUUCAAAGGUGCUGGACUUCAGUUUUGCGGCAACCAGGGUGCAGCCAAUCACCGACACGCAAGCCUUUUGUACCAGCACAAGCUUGGGCAUUGCGUUGUGCAUCGUGGCCAUCGCCGUCACGGCGCUGAUGACAUUACCGAAGGCGAGCGGCUCAACUUGAUAGUUUGGACUCGCAACAUUGAAUACCGGCGAUCUCGCGAGUGGUCGCGAUACAACCUGCAGCUCCAAUCCUCGGGAUAUCGCCAAGAGAGUGGGCCUCCCGAUAAGGUUUGUUUGUCAUACACCCACGACCGCGACUAUGGAGUGUUCAAGGAGUACAAGACCCAGAAGAUGAUGCAAAACUGUGGGAGAGGCUGGUGUCCGCCACGACAUGCGGAAUAUCCUGACUUCUUGCCCGAAGAAGCGGCUGGCGUAAACACAGGAACAGAUAAACGAUCUACCGUUGAAUGGUUCGAGCUUGGCACCAAUUUGCUGUACAAGCUCUUUGCAAAGAUGGGAACUCCUUCAGGCUCCAAGAAUCAAAACCUUUUUAUGGAUCGCCUUCUGGGCAAGGAUGUCCGAUCUUUCGAUGGAGGAGCCUACAUGGGCCCAGGCGUGGCAGGAGCAGAUCUUGGAUAUCAAGCGCAGAAAGAGAAGGAAAGACAGCUGGAGAAGGCCCAGAAGCACCAGGAAGUGAGCGAGUUUCGCAGAGCUGCUUCUGAUCACAGGAUUGACAAGGCGAUGACAAAGACAGACAAGGUCGCGCAGACGAUCUCAGGGCCCGAGGUCGGCCCGCAAGUUGGCCCCCAGGCCAAGAAGCGGAUGCCAAGCUUUGUCAAAGUAAAGAGCAAAGAAGAUGUGUUCGAUGAGAAGAAGGAGCCCGAUAGCAAGCGAGCACGAGUAGAAGGUACCCGUACAUUGUCGCCCUCUUCCAAUGCUUCGGUUGCCGCUGCCUUCCAUGAAGCAUGUGGGCCGUUUCGCCCAAACAAACUCAGACUUGCUUCAUAG